AUGGGCUCCGCAGGAAGCAAAAGCGUCCGGUUCAACCCCGACACCGACAUCCCUUCGUUGAAAGACAAAGUCAUCCUAGUGACUGGCGGCAACAGCGGUCUUGGAAAGGAGUCGGUUCUUCAGUUUGCCAAGCAUGAUCCCAAAGAGAUCUGGCUUGGAGCCCGCUCCGAAGCAAAGGCCAAAGAAGCCAUCAGCGACAUCAAGGCGCAGGUUCCCAAUGCGCCCAUCAAAUUCGUCAAGAUAGAUCUCGCCUCCUUCAAGUCGAUUCGCGAUGCAGCCAAAGUCUUUACGCAGGAAUCUGAUCGUCUUGAUAUCCUCCUGCUCAACGGAGGCAUCAUGUCUGUGCCGCCUGGAACAACCGAUGAUGGCUAUGAGAUACAGUUUGGUACCAAUCACAUGGGACAUGCCCUUCUGACCAAGCUCCUCCUCCCAACACUCCUCCGGACGGCUGAUAAGGGCGCCGAUGUGCGUGUUACCGUCCUUGCUUCAUCUGCCCACCAGUAUGCACCCCCCGAGGGGAUCAAGUUCGACACGCUCAAGUCCCAGGCUCUGCAAAUGGGCACCAUUACACGUUAUGGACAGAGCAAGCUCGCCAACGCCUUGUUUGCCAAAGAACUUGCCAGACGCUAUCCCCAGCUCACGACUGCCUCGCUUCAGCCCGGCCUGGUAACCACCAACUUGGCCAACACCAUGAGCGACAACAGCUGGAUCAUGCGCUUAGCGUGGAAAUUGACGACUCUCUUCAUCGGUGUAGACGUUCCUACAGGUACGUUGAACCAGCUGUGGGCCUCGACGUCCAAGGAUGUCGUCUCGGGCACGUACUAUGAGCCCAUCGGUCGAACAGGACUUGGUAAGCCGCAUACCAACGACAAAGCGCUUGCCGCUAAGUUGUGGGACUGGACGGAGAAGGAGCUCGAGGGAGAGAAGCUCUCUUGAGAGUCAGUUUUGGCAGACCGAAAUUAGAACGAUGUAUAUUUUUUCUUUAUCUGUAAAGUUUAUUAAUUGUAUGCUGGGACUACUACCUAAGAUGAAUAAAGGAAUAUAAG